UCCUCCUUCCUCCGUCGUCCAUACAGCCGUUCUCUCUCUCUCUCUGUCUCUCUCUCUCUCGAUAUACGCGUGCAUAGAGAGACGUCAUUAAAGCAAGGAAGAGAUGUCAAAUGGUGCGGUGGAAGUGGAGAGAGUGUUCAUAGGAGCAGGUUGCAACAGGAUCGUCAACAACGUCUCCUGGGGGGCCUGUGGCUUGGUCGCCUUCGGUGCCCAAAACGCCGUCGCCGUCUUCUGCCCCAAGACCGCGAAAAUUUUAACUACGCUUCCGGGCCACAAGGCUUCAGUGAAUUGCACCUGCUGGAUCCCAAGCACUAAGUUUGCAUUCAAAGUUAAGCAUGCGGAUCAUCAUUUUUUACUGUCUGGAGAUACUGAUGGUGCCAUUUUAUUGUGGGAGUUGUCUCUUGCAGACCAAAAGUGGAGACACGUGUUACAAGUACCACAACCACACAAGAAAGGUGUUACAUGCAUUUCUGGAAUCAUGAUUUCUGAAACUGAUGCAGUAUUUGCAUCUACCUCUUCUGAUGGUGCAGUCUAUGUAUGGGAAUUGAUCAUCCCGUCUUCGUCUGGAGGUGACUGUAAAUUAUCAUGUCUGGAAUCACUGUAUAUAGGUUCAAAACCUAUGGUUGCACUCUCUCUCGCAGAGUUGCCUGGAAGUACUGGGAACCUACUUUUGGCAAUGGGGGGUUUGGACAACAAGAUCCAUCUUUACUGUGGUGAGAGGACAGGAAAAUUUGUUCGUGCUUGUGAGUUAAAAGGGCAUACUGAUUGGAUCCGAAGUUUGGACUUCUCAUUACCCAUAUGCACAAAUGGUCAAAUAAAUACUCUUUUAUUGGUAAGUUCAUCUCAGGACAGGGGCAUACGUAUAUGGAAGAUGUCUUUACGCAAUUCUCUAACUAAUUCUAAAAGGAAAGAAGAAAUAAGCCUGGCUUCUUAUAUUGAAGGCCCAAUAUUUGUAGCAGGCUCAUUUUCCUAUCAGAUAUCGUUGGAAUCUCUCCUCAUUGGACAUGAGGAUUGGGUGUAUUCAGUGGAAUGGCAACCCCCUUUGAGUUCAGCUGUAGAAGGGAUCGAGUGUGAUCAACCGCAAAGUAUUUUAUCUGCGUCCAUGGACAAGACAAUGAUGAUCUGGCAACCAGAAAAAACCACUGGUAUCUGGAUGAAUGUGGUUACAGUUGGAGAGUUGAGUCAUUGUGCUUUAGGAUUUUAUGGUGGGUUAUGGAGUCCAAACGGAGAUGCUAUUUUAGCUCAUGGAUAUGGCGGAUCAUUCCAUCUCUGGAGAAACGUGGGUGUUGAUGUAGACAGCUGGCAACCACAAAAAGUUCCCUCUGGACACUUCGCAGAAGUAACAGAUAUUGCAUGGGCCAGGUCUGGUGAAUAUAUGCUGUCAGUCAGUCAUGAUCAGACAUCAAGAAUAUUCGCUCCAUGGCUUACUGAAUCUCAUUCGGAAAAUAGGGACAGUUGGCACGAAAUUGCUCGCCCACAAGUUCAUGGGCAUGAUAUUAACUGCGUGACAAUCAUCAAAGGGAAGGGUAACCACCGUUUUGUGAGUGGGGCUGAGGAGAAAGUUGCCAGAGUAUUUGAAGCACCUCUUUCUUUUCUGAAGACCUUAAAUCAUGCAACGUCUCAACAAUCUACCUUUCCUGGAGACCUGCAAACCGAUGUUCAGAUUUUGGGUGCAAAUAUGUCUGCUCUUGGGCUUUCACAAAAACCGAUUUAUGUUCAAGCUGCAUCUGAGGCCCCAAAUAGAAAUGGUAAUGAAGGUAUGGAUACCCUUGAAACUAUACCAGAUGCAGUUCCAGCUGAACUAACUGAACCUCCCAUUGAAGAACAACUGGCUUGGCACACACUAUGGCCGGAGUCGCACAAACUUUAUGGUCAUGGGAAUGAGCUGUUUUCAUUAUGUUGUGACCAUGAGGGGAAGCUUGUUGCUUCAUCAUGUAAGGCCCAAUCUGUGUCAGUGGCUGAAAUAUGGCUAUGGCAAGUGGGAACGUGGAAAGCAGUUGGUCGCUUGCAGUCUCACAGCUUAACAGUGACACAGAUUGAAUUUUCUCACGAUGACAAUUUUCUUUUGGCUGUCUCUAGGGAUCGCCAGUUCUCUGUUUUCUCAAUCAAACGAUCAGGUGUUGACGAAAUGGAUUGCCAGCUUCUAACAAGACAGGAGGCGCACAAAAGAAUAAUAUGGUCAUGUUCUUGGAAUCCAUUUGGUCACGAAUUUGCCACCGGUUCAAGGGACAAGACCGUGAAAAUCUGGGCCAUAGAGAAGGGAUCUUCAGUUAAACAGCUCAUGGCUCUGCCCCAGUUCAACAGCAGCGUCACUGCCCUAUCCUGGGCUGGUCUUGAUCGUCUGAGCAAUAACGGAUUGCUUGCAGUUGGGAUGGAAAAUGGACUCAUUGAAUUGUGGAGUCUUUCUGUUAACAGAACUGGAGAUGGUUGUCUAGCAGUGCCAGGUGUAACUGCUGGUCUUGCCACGCGGUUAGAUCCAUUUUCGUGCCAUGUUUCGACUGUGCACCGUUUGGCGUGGAGGAAUUCUGAGAAGAGUGCAGAUUCUAGGAGCAUGGAGCUUGCAUCCUGUGGAGCUGAUCAUUCUGUGAGAGUGUAUGAGGUAGAUCUUGGUUGAUUGAUAAAAACUAACUUUUGUAUUUUAGAUUGACGGGAUUCUGUCUAAAAUCAGUUUAAUGUAGAACUUUCUUUUCAUA